AUGAUGCUUGGUGGUGACGAAAGGGAAGGGUCCUUGCCGCGAUUCGAGCGGACGAGUUCAGGCGGCGGGUACGAGUUAUAUUCCUCAAAUAACGACGACGACAAUACGAAUACGAAUAACAACACGAACGGAGGAGGAAGGAUGCCUUUUAGAGAUGUUGGAUCGAACGUGUUCGAUCAAGACUACAGCGACGACGAGGACGUGGAUAAGUUGAACGCCAACGCAGACGUGCAAGUAGAUUUAGGCGACGUGAACGACGACGCGUUCGAUUGGAAGACGUUUUGGAAGUUUGUCGGUCCGGGAUUUUUGAUGUGCAUCGCGUACGUGGAUCCUGGGAAUUUCGAGAGCGAUUUACAAGCGGGUUUGCAGUUUAAUUAUAAAUUGUUGUGGGUGUUAGUGUGGGCGACGAUUGCCGGGUUGCACAUACAGUCGCUGUGCGUGCGAUUGGCGCUGUCGACCGGGUGGCAUUUAGCGAGGUGUUAUCGCGAGGAGUACGAUAAGAAAGUAGUCAGAGCGUUGUGGGUGGUAUCCGAGUUAGGGAUUAUCGCGUCGGACGUUCCGGAAGUGAUUGGAACCGCGUUGGCGUUGAAGUUGAUUUUUGGGUUUCCUACGGUCGUCGGCGUGUUCUUGACGUCGCUGUCGACGUUUGUGUUUUUGGGUUUGCAACACUUUGGCGUGAGAAAGUUGGAAGCGUUCAUGGGGUCGUUAGUAGCGAUCAUGUCCUUGUGUUAUUUAGGCGAGUUAGUGUAUUGCGACGACGUGCACGUCGGCGAGGUAAUCGCCGGUGCGAGUAUUCCAAGAAUUCCGAGCACGACGGCGCUGUUUAUCGCGGUGUCUUUGUUAGGCGCGGUGGUCAUGCCGCACAAUUUAUUUUUACACUCGGCGUUGGUGUUAACUCGAGGGUACCAGUUAGGCGAGAAGAGUUUGAAAAAAGCGUUCAAGUAUAACGUCGUCGAAUCUGGGAUGGCGUUAACGGUGACUUUAUUUAUUAACUUUGCGGUCGUUAUCGUCGCCGCGACAGAGAUGCAAAAAAUUACCGACCCUGCGGAACGCGCGGAGAUGAUUGACAAACCGUUACAAAACGCGCCGAAGAUGUUGAACAAACUGUUAGGUUCCGCGGCAAAAGGUUUGUUCGCCGUCGCGUUAUUAGCCUCCGGUCAAUCGAGCACAAUCACGGGAACCUACGCCGGUCAAUACGUCAUGGACGGUUUCCUCAAAUUGAGAGUCCAUCCGGGUUUGCGCGCCUUUCUCACGCGCGCGUGCGCCAUCGUGCCGUCCUUAACCGUCGUCCUCAUCGCCGGCGACGAAGACGCGGAAACUUUAAUCGUCGUCUCCUCGGCGAUUUUGAGCAUUCAACUUCCGUUCGCGUUAAUCCCGCUGGUAAAAUUCUGCUCCAGCUCUCGCAUCGUAGGUGAAGCCUUCGUCCUCAAAGGCCGGGCGCUGAAAGCGACCAACGUCCUCUCCGGCGUCAUCGUCUGCGCGAACGUCAGCUUACUCCUCAUGACGUUGUUUACGUCGAGAUACGUCAACGCCUCCUUCGGCGGCAUCGUUCUGGGCAUGACCGCCGUCCUCUUCAUCGUCGGGUACUGCUAUUGCAUCUACUGGUUGCUCGAUCAACCCGUCAGGCAAAACUUGAAAUCGAGAAUCGAUCAACGCUUAGGAUUGGAGUCAUCCAAUUUUUACAACGACAACGACAACAACAACAACAUGAACAACAACAUCGAGGAAGAGGAGGAGGACGACGACGAAGGCGAUCAGGUAGCCAUGCUGAGAACGCAGCCGUCCUCUUAA